AGAUCGUGAAGGUUACUUCUGCCCUCUGACUUGUCAAGGUACGUAGCUAGCUGUAGAAGAAGAUGGCUGGAUAUGGGCUUCUUUUUCCCCUCGUCUCCAACUUGUUCAUUCUUCUCUGGGGACUGUUGGCUGGUCUGAAAGUGCUGUGGGCAAUCAUCAAGCAUCCAGUGGAGUCAUUCAAGAAGACAGCUAGGGACACUGUUCCACCUUGUCUUCAAGAUCCUGCGCUGGGUGAACACGAGUUUGUGCGAGCGAAUGGAAUCAAGUUCCAUUGUGUGAGGUCUGGCGAUAAGUCCAAACCACUCAUGCUCCUAUUGCACGGGUUCCCAGAGUUCUGGUACUCGUGGCGAUUCCAAAUCCCUGCAUUCAACAAGCACUUCCACGUUGUUGCCGUUGAUCUCCGUGGUUACGGGGAGACUGACCGCCCCCCUAACAAGCUUGACUACACACUGGCCAAGCUUCGGGAGGAUAUUGCUGAAUUAAUCUCAGCGCUGGGCUACUCCAAAUGUGUCCUGGUGGGUCAUGAUUGGGGUGGUGCUAUCGCAUGGUCUGUUGCCCAUAAAUACCCCGACGCUAUCGAGAGGCUAGUAGUGUUGAAUUGUCCUCACUCCAAGAUCAUGGUUCAGACACUCACGAGCACUUGGGCCCAGUUCAUGAAGUCCUGGUACAUGUUCAUGUUUCAGAUCCCUAUGCUUCCUGAGUUCAUCUUCCGCAUGAGAGACUAUAACUAUUUCAAUGCCAUAUUCCGCUCGAGGAAAGCUGGAGUCCAACACAGGGAGCACUUCACUCCUGAAACUGUCGAGGUGUUCAAAUACGUAUUCUCCCGACCCGGUGCUCUGACCCCGCCCCUUAAUUACAUCCGCUGUAUAUUCAACAGGGACCAUACGAAGGACACGCCUAAGUCUCCGAUAACCACACCCACACUACUGAUCUGGGGGGAUAAGGAUGCUUUUCUUGAGAGCUCUAUGGCAGAACGUCAUAGCACCCUGGUGACUCAUCUGACAGUAAAGCAUCUGGCAGACUGUUCCCACUGGGUCCAGCAGGAUGAUCCAGACAAGGUAAAUGAACUAAUGGCUGAAUUCUUGAAGCAGUAGAGCCUCGGAAGCUAAUCAAAACUGGACAAUAACUGUGUGUGCCUAUUGUAUAGAUGAACUUUAUGCUAUUCGAAUUGAUUUAAUUGUAUUUUGGCUGACGUGUUAUAAAAUAUUAAUAUCGGGGAAUUUGAAUGUA